AUGUCCCAGAUGACCUACAUGAGGGCAAAUAAAGAAGCUGCCAACUCACAAGUGACAGGAGAGGAACAAUAUGCCCGAGCAGAUGAUUAUUAUGCCAGAAGAAACCUGCUCCCUAGAUGCAUCCAGAGACUGAGACUCAAUGCUGAGUUGGAGAAGAAGAAGAGGGUACUCCAAGCACAAGCAGCUGAAUUCUACCGGGAAGGUCAGCUAGGACGGUGCUUCUAUCGUUGGUGUCAUUCUUUUCAGUUGAGUCAAGAUAUCAGGAUGAUGGAGAGAAUGGCUUUCCUACACCAUGAGAGCAUACUGGGUAAGAGGUUCUUUACAGAGUGGAUGGAGAGGACAAGGUCGAAGCUGAAGGAGUCAGAAAAGAUGUAUCAAGCCAUUGACCAUCAUCACCUAUCCCUGUGUACUAAAGUUCUCGGCAGUCCUCCACGGAUAACGAGUGCACUCCGCAUCUACUACCCUGGUCAACCAGCCAACACCAUAGACAUUCUAGAUGAAGACAAUUAG